AGAUUCUGAAGACCUUUGAAGUUUUGUGAGGGAAAACAACAAUGAGAGGUCUUUCAAAAGAUAGUUUCACAGUUGCUGACUGGAUAGUAUUCUCUGGAAUACUUACCAUUUCGGCAUGCAUCGGAGUUUAUUAUGCUUUGGCAGGAGGAAAGCAGAAAACUACCAAGGAGUUCCUUAUGGGAAAUCGCAGUCUGAAAAUGGUUCCCGUAGCCAUUUCUAUUCUUGUUUCUUUUCUGUCAGCCAUUUUAAUUCUGGGAGCGCCUGCAGAGAUGUAUACAAAAGGGACCCAGUAUUAUUUAUAUGUGUUUGGACAAAUGGCGGCAGCAGCACUUGCUGCUUUCUUGUUUGUGCCUCUUUUUUACCCGCUGAAAUUAACGAGUAUGUACGAGUAUAUUGAAGUAAGAUUCAAAUCCAGAGCAGUCAGACUUACAGCUACAGUUAUAAAUAUACUAUCCUCGCUGAUAUACACCGGGAUUGCAUCAUUUGCUCCAGCAACAGCCUUAGAAGCAGUAACUGGAUUUCCUGAAUGGGCUUCUUUUCUUCUGAUAGGUGUAGUGUGUACAUUUUACACUUUCAUGGGAGGAUUGAAAGCUGUGGUAUGGGUGGAUGCAUUUCAGGCCAUCAUCAUGUUUGGCUCUCUAUUGACUAUUGCGACUAAGGGCAAACUGGAAUAA